GCUUUCUUCGAUUGGUCUUUUUCUCCCGCCGCUCAGCCAGUCUUCUCCUCUUCAAAAGCUAGGGUUUUUGUUUGAGCUUUCCUGUUCUUCGACUUUCCACAAGAUGGUUCUUUCAAAUGAUAUUGAUCUGUUAAACCCCCCGGCUGAGCUGGAGAAGAGAAAACACAAGCUCAAGCGUCUUGUCCAGUCUCCAAACUCCUUCUUCAUGGAUGUGAAGUGUCAGGGUUGCUUCAACAUAACCACUGUUUUCAGCCACUCUCAGACUGUUGUAGUAUGUGGCAACUGCCAAACUGUCUUGUGCCAGCCCACAGGUGGGCGGGCGAGGCUAACAGAGGGCUGCUCUUUUAGGAAGAAGGGAGACUAAAUCGCUCUUCAUGUUUUGUUUAGUUAUCAUCGGAGUUUUUCACUUGUUAGUGUUAAGAUGGGAUCAACCUUUUUUGUCUUUGAUUAAGUUAUAAUAGUGAUUUAGAUUCGAAGACUUUCAACUGUUCCCGAGACUUAGAAUACCACCUAGUUUUCAAUUUUGCUCCAUAUGAAUUGUGUAUGGUUUUGUUGGAUAAUUAUUUUCCUUUGAAUGGUAUAAAUUAUUGUUUGAAUUGUCUGUUUUCUAAAUAUGGUAUCCUUGUGUUCAGUUGUA